AAAAGAAGUAAAGUUGUUGUCUUUCUGGCUUUUUGGUUCAUGGGUCCAUUUCCCCUUUCCUUUCCUUGUCUCAUGGCUCACCCAUUUUAGGACAAGCCUCCAAAACCGAUGCUCGCUGAAGAGAUGAUGAAGAUGAUGAUGGAUAUAGCUAUGUGGUUCUCCAAUACCCCGUUUUAAUUCUUGGUCCAUGAAAGUUUCCGGCUUUUGAUGUGCAACAUCACAUUUCCCCUCUUUCUCUCACUCUCACUCUCCCUCUCUCCGUCAAUGGUGGUUUAGUUCUUCAAAAAAAGCUGGCAUCAUUCAUCGCCCCCUUGAUGGGUCAGUUUGCUGGAAACAGAAAGGAAGUUGCAUGGUGAAGAAGAAAGUGGGUGGAUUUGAUACUUCAUUUCUACUACUCUGUUCAAAUCAAAAUGGGAAGGCAAGGUGAUGAACCAACUCUACAACAACAGAAUAGUGUUUGCUUGAUAGAUUGCCAGAGCCAAUAAUCAGAAGAAGAAGAAGGGAAGUGGGUUGGGGGUGUGGGAGAAAGAAGCAUGCCAACAGUGUGGUUCUCACUGAAGAAAUCUCUGCACUACAAAUCAGAGCCAGCAGAUGUGCACGACCCAAAAUCCAGGAAGCAAUUGAGCACAAUCUUGACCAGAAAAGCUGGUGGUGGGAGGUCCGGGUGUUCAAGGUCAAUAGCCAAUCUGAAAGAUGUCAUCCAUGGAAGCAAGAGGCACAUGGAGAAGCCACCGAGCUGCAGCCCGAGAUCCAUAGGCAGCAGUGAGUUCCUCAACCCAAUAACCCACGAAGUGAUUCUGAGCAACUCGAGGUGUGAGCUCAAAAUCACUGGCUUUGGCGGUGGCGGUGGGUUCCAAGAAGGGUCUGGUGGUGGUAAUUUGAAGGGCACCAGUGAUGAAAACAGCGGUGGCGGUGGUGUUGGUUCGAGUUAUGUGGGUACCUUAAGGCCAGGGACGCCAGGUCCCGGAGGUCACCCUACAAUGCACUACUUCAAUCCUUCCUUCAGGAACUCAGCAGCCACUCCAACCAGGAAAUCUCCUUUCCUUGUACCAGACAGAGAAGGGUCUGGAUUUGGUGGAGGAAAUCAUGGUGGUGGACAUUCCAGUACAAGGGUUUCUCUUGAUGCAGAUGCCAAUGGUGGCUCUUCUUCAAUCACUUGCCACAAAUGUGGAGAGCAGUUCAGCAAAUUUGAAGCUGCUGAAAACCAUCAUCUUUCUAAGCAUGCUGGUUACUGAGCUCGUUGAAGGAGACUCAUCCAGAAAGAUAGUGGAAAUCAUAUGCCGGACGAGCUGGUUAAAGAGUGAGAGCCAUUGUGGCAGAAUCGAGAGAGUACUGAAAGUCCACAACAUGCAAAAGACCCUGGCUCGAUUCGAAGAGUACAGGGAAACCGUGAAGAAGAGGGCCAGUAAGCUCCAGAAGAAGCACCCUAGGUGCCUAGCAGACGGGAACGAGCUGCUGAGAUUCUAUGGAACCACACUGGCAUGUUCACUUGGCCUAAAUGGCUCGUCGAGCCUGUGCAUAUCGGAUAAAUGCUGCGUGUGUCGGAUCAUCAGAAAUGGGUUCUCGUCGAAGAAGGAGCUGAAAGGUGGAGUUGGUGUGUUCACUACUUCUACAAGUGGGAGGGCGUUCGAGUCGAUUCAGAUAUUCGAAGAAGAACCAUCAGCUACAAGUAUGGUGAGGAAAGCUCUGAUAGUGUGCAGAGUCAUUGCUGGAAGGGUCCAUAGGCCGCUGGAGAACAUCCAGGAGAUUGCUGGCCAGACUGGGUUUGAUUCUUUGGCUGGCAGAGUUGGGCUGUAUUCGAACAUCGAGGAGCUCUACCUGCUCAAUCCUAGAGCUCUCUUGCCUUGCUUUGUGGUAAUCUGCAAACCAUGAAGACCAAGAACCAGGUGGGAAAUGAAAACCAUCAUCAUCCAGUUAUUGAACCAAUCAUGGUAGAGAUUUUUCUUUUCUUUUUCUGCAUAACUCAUGCCACUGUAUUCUGUCAACCAUGUCCACUUCCAUUUUGUGAUUAGUUCCGACCGAAGACUGGUCGUUUUUCAUCAGCAGAAAUCAUGCCUAUAUUCUAUUGGUUCUAUGUUCAAAUUGAUAAGGAUGUGUGAGCAAAUUUUUGGCUAAGUGCCAAAUUGUAGGAUGACCCGUGAAUCUGAAACGGGACAAAAGCAGUGGUGGGUGGCUCUUUUGGUCCAAGGCAGAAAGAUAGAUAGAUGGGUUGAGAAUGAUGACUAUCUCAAUCUUCAGUUAACUUACAAAGUGUUCAUUUGGGGAAAGAGGAGGACAUGACCUCUCAGUAAUUAAGUGAAAGUUGCAGUUUUGAAUUCUGUGUUAUGGUGUUGGG